AUGGAGUCUUCAAGAAUAGUUGUUUCAGAGGCUCAUCUCGAGGUGUUCGCCCAGGCGAAGAGACAGCAGCAAUUAAUCUAUGAUGUCACAGGUGACCUCAUCAGCAGAAUUAAACAUAAGCUGGAAGAAUUGCCACUCGUAGGCAUAGACUCGGAAUCGGUGCACGAGAAAAUUGAUCUUCUUGAAGGGAGAAUCCAGAGCCUGAAAAGUGACCUGCUACGGACGAAAAUGAAAAUAGCAUUCUUUGGCGGGACGAGUAGCGGGAAGACAACCACACUGAAUGCCAUGAUUGGACGAGAACUGCUCCCUUCUGGGAUGGGUGAUACAACAAGUUGUUUCAUCCAGAUCGAGAAGAUGACCAAUGACGUCACCGGAAGUGCUAGCACGAAUGACUUCAAAGUAAAAGAGGGCCAACGGGACCAAGACCACAGCACGAGUACGAAAAGGGUAGAUUUGGAACCACCUAGAACGGGGUCCUAUUUCUUCGUUCGGGAAGUCGAGAGUGGGGGGAAGGAGGCGUCCCUUCAUUCGUUCUUAGAAAACAGACAGCCGCUUGAGCUGAAGGCCUUAGAAGAUCUGUGCGAUGCCAAGUCAAAUCGUUCCCUGGAUGCGACUUAUCUCAUAGAGAUUCACCUUUCAGAAAAUGACGUCAUAAGCGAUCAUCUGCUGAAUUAUGAUCUCCAGAUUAUGGAUUGGUAA